AUGAAAGAACAUACGAGGCGAGUCAACGACUGCAUUUUCCGAUGGAGGUUCAUCUUCAUCGUAAUCUCCAAUGACUACGAGAGACUCUGGGGGUCUGAUAAUUCUCGGAUCGGGUGUUGUCCGACGACGAUGACCCUGAAAACACAAGAAACAACUAAAACUGUUAGAAAUCAAUCAGAAACAUACAUCUCUUCUCGGAUUUGGAUUAAAUGGGAUCGGAAGUUCUGUCCCGUUGGAGAUGGGAUUCUAUUUGGUGUUGGAGGUAGUUCUGGUCUAGAUUCAAGACUUGGAGCAAGUGGAGAUUGGGUUACUGUAGACCAGGAUUCCGAUGAGAAUGGAAUCAACGUGGGGAAUCCAGAUGACGUUGUUGGUAGUGUUGUAGUAGGAACUUCUGCUGUUGGAGUUAUUGUUUCAAAGGAGGAUCUUGAGGCUCCUCCAACUCUUGCAUCUCCAGAAUUUGAGCCUGGAUUCAGGUUCAAAUUUGAAUUUGAAUUAGGUGUCCACGUGGCAUCCACUCUUGUUGGUGGAGCAGUGGCCCCCAAUGUGAACAAUUCUGUCGCCCCACUCAAGGAUUAUCAGCUCUCGGAGUUCAACAUAUCGUAUGUGGAAAUGCAGUUGGUGACAUGCUCCAUUGCCAUCAUUCUGGUGUUCGCAUUUAAAUUUCCACUUUAA